GGCCGUGUUUUGGCAACGUACUCACAGGGAACUAUACGGAACCGCUGUCACUGUCGCUGUUACUGACGUUUCUCUCGUGUUGUACCACGCAUGUCCACUGUUAAACCCUAAACUCUCAAGUGGUGACGCCACAUUUGGCAAAGAUGACUCAAAAUCACCUGCCAGGUAUGGAGUCGUCCGCCAUUUCUGUACUGAAGCGGGCGGUGGAAUUGGACCAGAGCGGUCGGUUUUUGGAGUCUCUCGUCUGUUACCAAGAAGGCAUUCAGCUGCUCAUAGACAUUCAAAAAGCAGUGAACGAUGACUCGAAGAGAGGACACUACAGGGAAAAGAUAAAGGGCUAUAUGGACAGGGCAGAACACAUCAAAGCUCAUGUGAACCAGAUGAAGGAAGAGGGGAAGUACCACGAGCAGGUAAGGAUAGCGGAGGAUGCCAUUGGUUACAGUUACGAGGCCAUUUUCAAGCCGUACAUCAGCGGUGCUCUCACAGAGGUCUGGGUGGAGGACCCCUACAUACGACACACUCACCAGUUGUACAACUUCUUGCGGUUCUGCGAGAUGCUACUCAAAGCGUCCUGCAAGGUGAAGACCAUCCACCUCCUGACGUCACCAGAUGAUGUGGAUGUCGGACAACAGACGAGCUCGAUGGCCGAGCUGACGCAGAGCCUCAGUGCUCACGGUGUCACUCUGGACCUGCAGUAUUCCACCACCAUACACGACAGAGAGAUCAGGUUUGAUAACGGUUGGAUCAUCAAGAUCGGAAGAGGGCUGGAUUACUUCAAGAGACCAAAAGGACGGUUCUCCAUUGGAUACUGUGACUAUGACCUCAGGCAGUGCCACAAGACCACAGUAGACAUUUUCCAUAAAAAACACACCAAAACCCUAUGAGACACACACAGCCAAUUACCUUCCAUUCAACUCCAUGACAUGUUGUGUCAAUGACUUGCACAAAUACACAUAUUUUUGUUUUUGAAUGGCAUAUAGUAGAACAAAAUGAGAGUGAUCUGGUGCAUUUUAUAAAGAAACUGUGGGGUUUCGUUCAAGAAAAUUUGCAACAAUACCAGAUCAUUAUAAUAUUAUUUUGCUUCAUCUUGCUCUGUCUUGUUUGUGCUCGCUAUCUAUUUUUUUACAGAUGUGUUUUAUGAGUCAUAUUAAAGAGUGUAAUUUUUAUGCCAUUUCGAACAAA